AUGGAAGUUAUUAAGAAAACGAGAAAAACUAAGAAACGGAGGCAUCGAAAUGAAAGCGCGACUCAAGAGGAUAAUUGUGAAGAUCGUAAAACGGUAAAAAAUUUGGCAUUUAAAGACAUUAUAUUUAGCAAUAUUAAAAAAACUCAAGUUGUACAAACAGAAAUAUCCUGCAUACACGAAAAUACGGAACUUUUGACCGAGAAGGACGAAAAAAUUAAAAACUUGACGGAACGGCUCCAUUCGAUGACAACCAAGCUUUACGAAUCGAAAAAUGCUAACACGAUUUUAAAACAAGAUUUUCAAAAAGCUCAAAAGUUGUUGUGCAGUGAAGUCGGGGAAAAUGUGACGGUAGCUGGGUUAUCAACUGAGCCUGGUGGAUGGCGUGGCAGAGCUGAGCAGAUUCAACAGUUGCAGCAGAAAGUUUCCGAGUUGCAACUUAGAGCGUCCGAAAGCGAUGGCUUAGGAAGAAGAUCUUUAGAACGCAAGAGCUCGUCGAGCGUUCGUUUAUUCGAUCGAGAACGAAAGCAGCAGGUGGAAAAUUUGACAAAAGCGUUGAAAGACAGCGAGGCCUCUUUCGAUGACUGCAAGAAAAAAUUGGAGGCAGCCAAAGCUAGAAUAUCGGUGUUGGAGCAUGAGUUGAACUCGGCAAAAAAAACCAUAACGUGUUUGAAUGAUAAAACGUCUCACGAUAAUCAACUUAUUGAUAUAUUACACAAGCAACUGGAAGAGGCUGAUGCGCGAUCUGAGACCCGCGAGAUUGAAAUUAAAAGGCAAACUGAUAAGUACGAGAGAGAAAUGGUAUUGUUGAAAAGUGAAUUGGAAGCGUCGCAACUGCAUAUUAAGAAUUUCAAGAAUGAAAUUGAGGAAAGAGAAGAUGAGUUGAACAACUUACGUUGUCAGAGUAAAGCAAUGAUCGAUCAGAGUAAAAGGACUUGUCGCGAGAUCUCGAUCGAAAGUCCAAGAAGCAGUAUUCGAGAGGCGCACGAGCAGAUAGCCAAAGGCAUAGCUGCCGAAGCCGAAAGAGAGCGAUUGCUGGAGCUGGUGGCGCUUCUGAAUCAGCGCUUAGAUAAAGAGCGAGGCGAUUACGAACAACUAUCCGAAUCCUUCAAAAGAGAGCGAAGUCGAGGCGCGAAACUGGAGAUCAAGCUGCAGAAAUUGGAAUUGGAGCGCGCUGCUAUGACGAGAGCGAAGAAUGGCUCCUACAGAUUUCGAGCAACCAAGCCGAACCUCACUGCGACUGCGACCGACAAUUUGAGCGACCUCGAAGACAUUCGCUUAAAGUUCGAGCUGCUGCAAGAGGAGUGCUUGACAUUAAAAACACGAUUAGCGACUGUGCAAAAAGAUAAAGCUGCAGAUCUCGCGACAUUUAAAAAGAUGCUUGAUCAGACGAGAAAAAUAUUCAGAGACGCAUGCAGAGGCAAAUUGCCUGCGAUGUAA